CAGACACCUGGGAUAUUACGCGAAUCCCGGCGUGAGAUCUGGCCAGCUUAGCUCGCGACAUAGCAUAAGCCCCGUCACCGCCCUACAAAUAAGCUGACCAGAAGAACAACAUAGGCAGAUGCUUACCCGCAAACCGUGCCGUAGCAAUGCAAUCAUCUGCCACAAAUCCCAGCGAACGGCGAAAGAUUCAGAACAGACAUGCCCAGCGGCGUUUUCGUAGCAAAAAGGUGACACAGAACGCGGGAGAGCCGUUCACGACAACGGCACUGUCCGCUGCAGCUACAGUGAGCGGGCCAGCCAUACGACCGCGCUUGCAGUCAAACCACGACGCCCUGGCGUGGACCGGCCUGGCAAACCCGCCUGAGAAGGCGGCGUGGGGCAGCGAGGAAAGGCUCCCCCACCCAAGCGUAGCUGGACCACAGACCUCGGACCAGAACCAGGACCUAACACCGACGACCGCCAAGGACAGCCGCACCAUGCGAGGGAAAAGCGACGCAGCCUACCUGGGGCCUGACGCCACAAUUGCAGGUCUGAUGCGCCAAUUUCAAGAUCCGCUUACGCCGUCAUCACUGCAGCCACAUCUGCACAUGAACCAGACCGACUUCACCUUCUCGUCGUCCAUGGCCCAGUCCAUACGCGACCCUCUGCAAUGGCCACACGACGCUCCGGCCGAGGCCAUGGUCUUCAACGCACACGACACUGGGGGCUUCUACUCCAAUCAGGACACCAACAAGACCCCGUGGCCAGACACCGGUGCGAGUCACCACCAACUUACGCGUAGCACCCAGAAUGAAUCCGAAAGCAGCAGUGACACGUCACAAAGCCAUACUCGCAUCACCACACCCAACCUCCUACUUAAUGGCCGCUUUGGACAAGACAGCGAGCUGGAUGAGGACGAGCCCUUCCAGACAAACCUCCACAUCGCCGCUGAGGCCGGUCACGACAGCCUCGUAGGUUUGCUGUUGGGCUCAGGCUACACCGUCGAUGCACUCGACAGUGAUGGUAACACUGCCCUGCAUAGGGCCAGUCUUGGUAAACACGUGAAGGUCAUGCUGAGGCUGCUAAAACAUGGCGCAAAUCCCAAUUCUGUGAAUGUCCAUGGCUGGACCCCUGUACACAUGGCCUUUUCCCUCGGCUCCAUGGAAGUAGUAGAAGUCCUUGUCCGACACGGUGGCGACCUGAACAAGCGCGCGAAAGGAAAGUUAAGUUGCGCCACAUUUAAGGAAGCUCUCGCAGCGAAGACAAGUUGAAUGUGUUUCACAUACCAAAUAGGUGAUGCUUGCUAUUGGACUCACAAACAUGGAUUAGAGUGCGUUGAAAUGCUACAGAAGCUCGCAGAAUUCAAGACCUUUGUAGAGAUUACAAACAGUAACAAAGCAACGAAUGUUUCCAGUUUCUUCCUAACCCAUUCUCCUAAAAGUCGGAGCCCGCACUUUCCAAACUCUCACUCACUUCACCAGAACUCGCACCCCCUUAGUCGGCAGGUCAGGGAAC